AUGACGACACCGUGGGACAAUGCCAGGCCCAAUCUUGGCAAAAUGUCCCAUGAGACGUUGGUAACGCUCAAGGUUGGCUCUGAAGCAAAGCGCUUUCUGAUCCAUAAAGAUGUUCUCUCAAAGCAAUCCCCGUACUUCCGGGCCGCCCUUGAGGAAGGAAGGUGGAAGGAAAGCCAGGACAACGUCGUGGAACUAGAUGAGACCGAACCGAAAAUAUUCGAAGAUUUCUUGGUCGAGUGGCUUUACACUGGCAAGCUCGAUGAGGACCUCGCAGAAUUGACGCUCAUCGAGGGAUAUAUCUUCGCAGACCGCUAUGACUUCCCAAGAUUGCGGUUUGAUGUCAUCGCAAGUAUCCAUGGACAUUACACGGAAGAAAUGACGGAUGACUUGCCGUCUUACGAUGCCAUAAUCUUAGCAUUUGAGAGCCUCCCGCCUAGGUGCAAACUCUGCGAAUUCCUUGUGGAUCUUUACGGCUCUCGGUGGAAACCUUAUCAUGAUUACAUCAACAGUAGAGAGCUAGAACUUCGAGAGCAAUUGCCGAUGGCUUUCCUCAUGAGAUGGUUGGAGAAACUUGGGAACCGCCCAUACAUUGGCGAUGGAGGACUCGAACAUGGUCUUGGUCACUAUUCUGAGCAGAUGGAAGAGGUGCAAUCUCGGGCAUCCGAGUAA